UCGACUGGCACCAUAAUUUUUAACUUGAAUUAAAAAAAAUUAUGAUUUCUUUUGUAACGGUUUAAAUGAUUUGUUAGAUAUUUUGGUGAUGAUAUGAAUUUGAAAUUGUUUAUGGUCAUCUGUAAAAAAAUUUGUUUAUGGUCAAGGAUAGAUUUAUUCUUAAAUUAGUGAAUUAGUGUAUUAUACUAAUCUUGUAUGUUAUGUAUAAUGAACGAUUCUAUCAACGAUUAACAAACGAUUUUGUAACGAUUAACCACUAAACUCUAAACACUAACUUUUCCGGUUAGCUUUCGGUCUAGUAGGGAUGUGCAACGGUUCGGUUCGGUUCGGUCCGGACCGGAUCAAACUCAUGAGAACCGUGGAUGGGGCACGUUGAAUGGGCCACUAGCAUAGACUUCGGCCUAAAAUAAUGGGCUGUGAGAUGCCAAUAACUGGGCCCGUUAGAUGGCUCUAAACGGAAGGUAGUCCUCCAAUCCAUUCAGCUACUCCACGUCUCCACUCGCUAGUCGCUAGCUGUCCAGCUUCCUACUCAUUUCUCCCAAUUCUCUUUCUAACUGCAGUCUCUGGAGAACAGCUCUUGGCGGUAACGCUGAAUAGUUUGGAGAACAGCUCUUAGAUACUCAUCCUUUCAUGCUCUAAGGUAGAGCUCUUCUCUGGUCAGUGUUUUUCCUUCUCUUUUAGCAGUGUUUUUCUUCCAAUACAUGCCCCCUUAUCUUAUUGCGGUCUAUUUUAGCUGAACUUCAUCUUCACGCCCAUGAGGUGUUUGAUGUUUUGCCCAAUAGAAUAUGAGCAAAUAGUUUUACUAGAUAAAUGAAGUAUAUCGAUGUUACGCAGAACGUGGGAUGACUAUCAACUUGUUACGUCGUCUGACCAAUUGUUUCUUCGUCUACUUUCAUGUGUUGGGUCCUCUGCACUGCUGUAUCUCCUCGGUUCCCAUUUUUGCUUGAAUAUUACAGUUACAUGGAUUUGGUACUUGAGGGUUUUCAUGGUCGCUGAAGUUUCUGUCAUCCCCUUAGUCAGAACCUUCGCUUUUGUCUCAAAGAAGCUAAGCUUAAUUCGAAUUGGAAAGCCCAAGAUGUCGCUUGUGUUCGUUGCUUCCUCUAUCUAUGCACCAUCACAUUUUAGCCAACUCAAAGCAGAUAGUUUGGCAUCCGUGAACAGCUUUCCAUCGAAUGCAAGUGUUAAGUACAGAUUUCUUAGCAAUGUUACAUCAGAAAUCGCUCAGUAUCUUGCCAAGAGAUCAGCUAGGAUUUCAAAGGCUACUAGAAGAAACUUGGCUAGCAGGGACCAGCAUACUGUCACUGAUGUGUCUUUGAAUUGGGAUGAUCUGGAGGCAUUGGAACCUGAAGAAGAAGAGGGGUCACCAUGGGAAGGUGCAAUUAUGUACAGGAGAAAUGCUUCGGUUUCACACAUCGAGUACUGCACGACACUGGAAAGGCUUGGUCUAGGUAACCUCUCAACGGAUGUUUCCAAAUCAAGGGCUUCAAUUAUGGGACUAAGGGUCACUAAAGCUGUUAAAGACUAUCCACAAGGAACUCCCGUUCAGAUCUCUGUUGACGUGACAAGGAAGAGGAAGAAGCUGAGGCUUGAUGGAAUAAUCAAGACUGUCAUCACCUUAUAUUGUAAUAGGUGUGGUCAGCCAGCUGCUGAGUGUAUCUACUCCAACUUCUCCCUUUUACUAUCAGAAGAACCCAUUGAAGAGCCAGAUGUAAUCACUAUAGGACUGAACGCUGGUCAAGCAGAGGAAGACGAUGGCGAUGAUGAUGCAUCAAUUGAUUGGGAUGAUCGACUGCACUUUCCUCUUGAAGAGAGUGAAAUCGAUAUCUCCAAGAACUUGAGAGAUUUGAUACACGUGGAGAUAACGAUCAACGGAGUUUGUGAUCCAAUGUGUAAAGGAGCUUGCCUCCAGUGUGGCACUAACUUAAACACCAGCAGCUGUAACUGCAGCAGCGAGAAGGCCUCCGGGAAAACCUAUGGCCCUCUCGGAAACUUGAGAGAACAAAUGCAAUCUAAUUCAUAGUAAUCUAAUUCAUAGUAUUACUCUGGUUCAUAUUGAUGUAAGAAAGCCUUUUCACAAGAAGUUGCUUUCCCUUGUUGUCAUGUAUCUGGUAACAAGACUUCUAAUGUUCUGGAAAAUAUAUCAUUCUUGUUGCAGCUCUCUUGAGAUCCAAUAAGUCAUCAUUUUUUGUCCCAGCUGAAUUUACUUGUCUCAAUCAUCAAUCAAUGCACCCUCUAAUUGUAAGAGUUCAUCAUCAAUCAUCAGUCAUCGCCCUUUUUAGAGCUGUAUAGAUCCGCUGUCGACAAUAAUGAAUAACUUUCUCUUCG